ACAGUCAUAAUCGCAUCAUUAUCCAUCAUUCGUUCAUUGGUUCGAAUACAAUCAACACUGCUCUCAGUAUGAACUCGUUAAGCAUUCUAUUCUGCUUUCUAGCUGCGUCUGUGCUGACAUCUGAAGCAUUCAAUUUCUUAGGUGGAUACGACGGUGACAAGAGAUGGAACAACGAUGGACCAGGUUCUUUUUGGGAUAGUGGUAUGGACCGCGAACACGGCAGAAAAUCCGACUCGAAAAGUAACCAAAGAAAGAAAGUACUAGAAGAACUGCUGACUAAAUCUAUGUACGCCCAAUUCAAAGCGUACAUGAUGAUGGCAAAUUCCUAUAAAAUGCUGGGAGAAAGUGUGAAGUUGCAGAGAAUUGCUUUGGCCCAAGCCAAUGGAGGAACGUUAGGCGGAAACUUCCGGAAUAGCUUUCUAGGUGAUAGCCUAGAUCGGUUUUAUUCCUAAACGUUACAUGAAGAUAUAGUUCUGUGAUGCAGACUAAUGUGUUUCAAUAGUCGCUCUUAUCUGGUGAUUCGGAUAUAAGAAAGAAGUAAAGAAAAUAAAUAAACAUAGACAUCUAUAAAGUAAAAGUAGAAACGGAAUGAAAUAAAACCGUUAAAUAGA